CACCCCACCACAUUGUAUUUUAAAAUAAUAUUCUGCCUCCCCAGGGGGGUGAGAGGGCUUGCACUUGAGGGUGGCCAAAGAGGAAGCAGGGAAAUUGGAUAUUAUAGUGAUCCUGCCAAAGUGAUUUGUGCAGGAGGGCAGGGCAAUGAAGGGGUUGGAGAACAUGGCCCCUCCCAGCCUGGAUAGGGCUCCAGCACUAGCACAGGAAGGCAGUCUCCUGGGGGGAUAGGUCUUACUUAAAUCUUACUUAAAUUUUCCAAUAACAUCCUCUUGCCAAGGGGUUUUCUGUGAAUCUUGGCUUUGGGGGCUGGGUUUUCUUACCCCAAGAGCCUCUCUUAGGGAAUGGGGGUUCAUAGCCACUGACCUCAGGGGCCAGAUGGUGUCAGUUGGAGGGACUUGGCUCUGCAAAGGAAGUGAGGAAGUUUCAGGCCCCCCUGCAAACCUCUGGAUGGGCCCCACUGGCUUCUGCCUUUUGCUAGAAGGAUUAGCUGGGUUGUAAUGAAUAUGACCCCAGGGAUUAGGGAGGGGUGGCUCAUUCUUUACCUGGAGUUUGGGCCAGGGCUCUGUAAGGAGCUGGGGUCCAGAAACCUCCGCAGCCUCCAUCCUGGGCACUGGGCGCAGGGGAGGCUACUGUACCUCCGUUCUCUGCCUCCUUUGUGUUCCUGGGGACUUAGAAGCCCUUCUCUCUCAGUCCCCUCCUUGAGUCUGGGGAGGUAGCUUGGGCCAACUGAAGGCAGCUGAGCCCUUUCGAUCCUAAUUUCACUGAGGGUCUGUGCUGGAAGCGUCCUUGGCGUCCCGUUCCCAUUACCAUCCUCCACUGCACCAUUUGACAAAGGUAAACAUUGAGGUCCGGGAAAGGGGUGUGACCUGGCAACGAAAUCUCAGGUCAGAGGCCAAGUCUCCCAGCGCCCUCUCCAAGAGAACUGCAGCCCCGAUUCCAGGGAAGGGAGGGAGGAAGAGCUGGGGCGCCGCUGAUUGGCCCAAAGUUCUCUAGAGCCAUCCAGUGGGCGGGGAGGGUGUGGCGGGGCUCAGACGCCCCCCACCCCCCACCCCAACCCCUCUCCCCCGGAUUGCCCUCAUAGGCUCGGUGGCCUGGCCGUUUCUGUUCCCGGUCUUAUACCCUGGGCGCGGCCCCGGGGGUGGUCCGCUGCUUCCGCCAUGGGCUUAGAGCUCUACCUGGACCUGCUGUCCCAGCCCUCCCGCGCCGUCUACAUCUUCGCCAAGAAGAACGGCAUCCCCUUCGAGCUGCGCUCGGUGGAGCUGCUCAAAGGCCAGCAGCACAGUGAUGCUUUUGCCCAGGUGAAUCCCCUGAAGAAGGUGCCAGCCUUGAAGGACGGGGACUUCACUUUGGCUGAGAGUGUGGCCAUCCUGUUGUAUCUGAGUCGCAAGUAUGAGGUCCCCGACCACUGGUACCCCCAGGACCUGCAGGCCCGUGCCCGUGUGGACGAGUACCUAGCCUGGCAGCACACAGCCCUGCGGAGUAGCUGCACUCGAGCCAUGUGGCAGAAGCAGAUGAUGUUCCCAGUGUUCCUGGGUGAACAGGUGCCCCCUGAGACAUUGGCAUCUACCUUGGCUGAGCUGGACAGGUGCCUGCAGCUGCUUGAGGACAAGUUCCUAAAGGACCAGGACUUCGUUGCUGGACCUCACAUCUCAGUGGCUGACUUGGUGGCCAUCACAGAGCUGAUGCAUCCUGUCAGUGCUGGCUGCCAAGUCUUCAGAAGCCGACCCAAGCUGGCUGCAUGGCGCCAACGUGUGGAGGCCGAGGUGGGGAAGGAUCUCUUUCAGGAGGCACAUGCAGCUGUCAUGAAGGUUGAGGAUUUGCCUCCAGCUGACCCGGCCAUAAAGGAGAAGCUGAAGCCCUCCGUGCAGUGUUUAUUGCAGUGAGUGGAAGGCCAGGCUUGCAGAGAUGAUGGAGACCCUGUUGUCAGAAUGAAGAGGUGGAGUUGUCCCUCCCAGGCUGUGAGCAAGACACACUCUCCAGUCUCUGGUCCCUGGUUCCCUCCAAGCAUCAGGUCUUCGUUCCUUCUUCUGUCUGUUUCCACACUCCACUCCCGCCCCUUCCACUCUGACUUCGUGUCACCCCUGGAAAGAGCUUAGUAAACACAUAUUUGACCCCGGCUCUCCUGUGUUUGAAACUUUCCAUGGUGCUGAACUGCUCUGGGGCUAAAGUAUGAAUCACUGAACUUUGCAUUCAAGGCCUUGCCCACCCCUCCAGGGCACUCCCUUCUAGUUGCACACAGUAGCCCAUCAUUUUUAGACCCCUUCUCCCAGCUCCCACCUCUACCUCCUGGCCUUGGCUUAGGCUGUUUUCAUUGCUAAUAGGGCCUGUCUUCACCUUUGCCCGGUGCCCCUUCUGGUCUUUAGGCAUUUGUCACCUUUCACUUCUCCAGGGAGGCUUCCCUGACUUCCUCAGCUCCAGGCCAAGUCAGGUGACACCCCCCCGCCCCCCAGACUCCUUAGCCCCAGUGCCUCCCUCCCCUCAACCCUGGAACAAAGCUGGUUCAACACCCCCUCAACUGAGCACAUGUCAUAGAUGGGGGUCACGCUGGUGAAGAGAUGUCUGAAUCAGGCAUGGCCUUGUUCUCUUAGGUCUCUGUCCUCUGGGGUGAUGCUGUCUCCCACAGGUGGGUUGGGUGCAGGGCUGGUUUCUGAAGCUCCUUGCAGGGAGGGAAGUCCCAGGUUAGUUCCUGGCACUCUGGGUGCUGCUGCUGCUGAGGG